AAGUCUUAUUUUCACUGGCUGAUUCUUCUGUCAAUUUCUUGCUUUCCAUCGAAACGUUCUCAAUAAGAUGAGACAAUAUUACCGUCCAAUUUCUACUGAGAUUUUGACUCUGUAGCUAGGUUAUUCCUUCAUAUACGGAGAAAAUCUAUUUGUGCGGGUCUCUUAUUUUCCGAUUGACCCAACCAUCAGAAUCAGAACAUUUAUCUGCUAUUUUUGUCCAGAAUGCUGUCUCAGAGGUCAAAAUUUAACUUCAUCAUAAUCGUCAGUCUAUGCAUAGUCAAUAUUUUGAUGACGGAAUCAUUCUUUCAUUCGCUCCCAAUGACAGUUGAUCAUAAGGGAGACAUAACUGUCGAUUUCGACGGGGUCAAAUUCACUUUGGACUUUGACUUUACUUUGACUGUUAACGAUGGUGACUGCAUAUACAAGGUUGAUUUGACACUACCAGAGGGAGAUGAGCUGGCAAGCAAACAAGGGACUCGUAAUGGUUCUGUACAUUGUAAAAGCUGGAGUAUAUCAAGACCACGUAAUCAAAGCUAGAAUGCAGCUGUGCAAAACACCAUUGGAGAUGUAGCGAAAAUGACAAAGUCAGGCUUCUCACUUAAUGUGUGACUGAACAAUACUUUCAACUGUGUUUAAUUAUUUUCUUAGCUUAGAUAGUAGUGAGUCGAAUACAUUUUAUUUUCUGAA